AACUAUUAAUACCGCCUCGCCCGGGGAUGCGGGCGUGCUGAGCGCCGGGAUUGGCCUAGGGCGCCGUGGCCAUCCCCUUUAAUUUUUAAAUACACGGUCCUCUCCUACUUCUGGGUGGCAAGAAAAAAAACCAAGACAAGAAGACAAGCCGUCGAUUUUUAUUUUUCCUCCAGAACAAACCCCGCCGUGCAAUUUGGUCGCAAGGCAUCGGGAGACAAGAGUGGUUUGCAAAUUGUUUCAAGGCUCCAGAUCCAGUUGUGCAGCGGAAAAGGAACGCCGCGGGUUAAUCAGAGUCCGGGUAGCAUCUGCUGCCAGCUCCUGCAGGACCCCCGGAAAGCUCCUGCUGCUGGUUCCCCCAGGUCACCGCCCGCACUUCUUGCUUCAUCCGAGGAGGAUCUGGGACGUGAGCAGCGACAGCAAGCGCUAGUGCUGACCGCGCGAGCUCAGCUUUGGGCUUUGUCGCGGUACCUGUGCCUGCUCUACUCCGCACUCUAUACUCAGCUUUUGCAAUCUUUUGUUGCCACUGCUGACCGCUCCAAGUUAAAUGCUCCUUUGCUAUUUUGCUUUUUUUCCCUGUCCUUUUUUUUUCUUUGAGAGAGAGACAGAGAGCUCUGCGAUUUUUUGGAAAAGCCUCAGACGCCAUCUACAGUUAAGACUUAGGGAGAACCGGCGCCGCGCGCUCCCUGAAGACUGCACAAACUCCACGCAGGGCUCCUCCGCCCGAUCUGCGGAUCCUCAGCUGGAGAUCGCUCAGGAGCCCGGUGCUGCAGCUCCGCACCCCAGAGGCACGCUCACUCGUCCAGAUCCACGCUGCGAACAGAGACCCACUGACUUCAGAGUGCGGUUCUGCACCGCGCUGGCGGCUUCUGGGUCUACCCCUAUCACAAUAGCGAGAUAUGGGAGAUCGCGGAACAAAACCCAGGAUUUCGAAGAGCUGUCGUCUAUAAGGUCUGCUGAACCCAGCCAGAGUUUCAGCCCGAACCUAGGCUCUCCGAGCCCGCCCGAGACUCCGAACUUGUCGCAUUGCGUUUCCUGCAUCGGGAAAUACUUACUGUUGGAGCCUCUGGAGGGAGACCACGUUUUCCGCGCUGUGCAUCUGCACAGCGGAGAGGAGCUGGUUUGCAAGGUUUUUGAGAUCAGCUGCUACCAGGAGUCCCUGGCCCCCUGCUUCUGCCUGUCUGCCCAUAGCAACAUCAACCAAAUCACGGAAAUCCUCUUGGGAGAGACCAAAGCCUAUGUGUUCUUUGAGCGAAGCUAUGGAGACAUGCAUUCCUUUGUCCGCACUUGCAAGAAGCUGAGGGAGGAGGAGGCGGCCCGGCUCUUCUACCAGAUCGCCUCGGCUGUGGCCCACUGCCACGAUGGAGGGCUGGUGCUGCGUGACCUCAAGUUGAGGAAAUUUAUCUUCAAGGAUGAAGAGAGGACUCGUGUCAAGCUGGAGAGUUUGGAAGAUGCUUACAUUCUUCGGGGUGAUGAUGACUCCCUCUCUGACAAGCACGGAUGCCCAGCGUAUGUAAGCCCAGAGAUCUUGAACACCAACGGCAGUUAUUCGGGCAAGGCAGCGGACGUGUGGAGCCUGGGGGUAAUGCUGUACACCAUGUUGGUGGGGCGUUACCCUUUCCAUGACAUUGAGCCUAGUUCCCUCUUCAGUAAGAUCCGCAGGGGCCAGUUCAACAUUCCAGAAACUCUGUCUCCCAAGGCCAAGUGCCUCAUCCGAAGCAUCCUGCGACGGGAGCCCUCAGAGCGGCUGACCUCACAGGAAAUUCUGGACCAUCCUUGGUUUUCUACAGAUUUUAGUGUCUCAAAUUCGGGAUUUGGUGCUAAAGAGGCGUGUGACCAGCUGGUGCCAGAUGUCAACAUGGAGGAGAACUUGGACCCUUUCUUUAACUGAGCUCAAGGCCCAGGGACACAUAGCAGGUACCAGGAGCAAGAGAGAGCCCCAGAAAGGAGUUCUGGGACACAGGUGGCCUGGCUGAGAAGCAAGACGGACAUUCAUAUUUACACAUUUCUUGGUUCAGAGAAGGAAUAUGUUCUAGGAGCUGAUGGAACACGUAGCAUGGGAACAAGACGUGUGGGAUGGGGGUUUGGUUCAGAUGGAUGGGAGCCCCUCCCCUAAACUUCUCUUCCCUGGGGUAGCCUGAAAGUCCCCCUUACCAGUAGGGCUAUCUGGUCUACCCCACUUUUCAUUUUGUUCAGAAAUAGUUGCAGAUCUCGAUAGAAUUGAAACUUUUCUGCCUCAAACACAUACCUUGGCAUUGCACUGUUAGCAUUUAACUUCUUGUUACAAUUCAGGGAAGGGACAAUUGAUCGAAGAUUUUCUUUUUGAACAGACCAACCACCUAUGUAAUAAUUAAUAGGAUUCACCUAAAAAUAAUAAUUCGGUGCACACAGACUGACCUGAAACCUGGGUGCUAAACUAAAAGAAAACAAAAGUUCCAGUUGUCGUCUCUCAUUCGCACUUUCCAAUUCAUUUCUUCUACAUAAAUGAUUUCCUAUUCUGGUUAGGAAAUGACAUAUUAACACUUUGCUCCCUGAAAGGGGAGGGGGAGUCUGUUCCUUCACAGACAUUUCUGUUUUGCAUCAGCUGGUUUUUGUAGCAGGAAACUAUCAGAAGUCAAACUGCCAGAUGUAUAUCACAGUCCAGGGGAAGAAGAAAGGAAAAGAGAAGAAAAAUCCAACUCCUUUCUGUUUUUUUUCUUUUGAAGGAAGAGGAUUCACAUUGUAGACAUUACUCUCUGCUCCAAAUACAGUGAGGGGCUCCCAGAGGGUAGGUGCCUCCUGGAGCCAGACCUUUUUAUGAUGCUGAUCUCAACGUUUUGUUUUUUCUUUAUGGGAAACUAGUAAAAUGAGACAGGUUGUCCCAUGUGUAUAAAAUACAGGGCAGCUAUUUCCUUUUCUUUACUAAGAAUGAUCCUUUGGGCUUGGAAAGGCCCUCUGGUUUGAACAGAAAGAGUAAAUGGGCAAUAAGCCAAAAGCCAGGAUGAUAUACAUACAAACAACUCUCUGUCCCAAUACGCACCUUGUAUUUAUUAAGGAAAAUGUCACAUUGUGAUGUAUUAAGCCAGUACUUCAAUUACGGGUCAACGGGAUGACAUGUUACAUGCUGUAGUUUAACAUUUAUAAUUUUGUUCCCCUGUUUUGAGUAUUUCUGUCCCUGGAAUAACCUUUUAUUUGGCUUUCUCUAGAUAGCCUUAUUUGAUUUCGAGUGGCAAAAUGUUUUCCUUUUGUACUCUGGCUUUUCUAUUGCUGUAUGAUACAGAACUCUUUUGGCAUAAAUAUUUGUGUUCCCAGUACCUCAGUCGUUUGGGUUUUACUGCCUGCAUAUGUUUUGUGAAAUGGUCCUGUUUUUGGGUAGGUAACACGUGGACUUUAGUAUGUAAAUGUUACUUGAAUCUGUGCUUCACUCUAGUAUGUGGCAUGUGUGUGCGGACUCUUGGAUGCUUCACGCCUACUCCACUGGAGCCCCUGUCCCCAGGAGGGCAGCUUCCACACUGAUAAUCAGGAGACAAAGCUGCCAUGGAUUUACCCUUGAUUCUAUUUUGAUAAUGGAAGAUACAGAGAGAGGGUUUAUACAUUCAGAAGAUGGUGCUGUGGCAAGAAGGACCUUUUAUCUUCCCUCUCCCCUGUUUUUAAAGUCCGGGUGGGAGGAAAGAUUGGUAACAUGCAUGAUGGGGACUAAUGGCCUCUGGUGCUUUGUCCUGUAUUUGGUUUAAUGUUUUUGUCCUAAUCUCUUCAAUCAAUAAAAUUGUGCGUAUUUAACUAAAA